AUGCCGCCUCCGCCGCCCGGGCUGCUGCUGCUGCUGCCGCUGCUGCUGGCCCCGAGCUGGUGCCUCGCGGCCCCCAGGUCCCACGUCCACCGGCGAGGACUCAUAGAACUCGCGAAGACCAUGGGCUGUGUUGGCAUCCAGAGCCCCUUGGCCUACGUGAACUAUGGCUGCUACUGUGGCCUGGGUGGCCAGGGCCAGCCGCAGGAUGAGACUGACUGGUGCUGCCAGCGCCACGACUGCUGCUACACGCGGGCGGAGGAGGCCCAGUGCAGCCCGAAGCUGAGCCGCUACCCCUGGCAAUGCAUCAACGAGACAGUGCAGUGCGGACCCUCAGAGAACAAAUGCCAAGAGCUCUUGUGCAAGUGUGACCAGGACUUUGCUCACUGCUUAGCCCAAGCUGUGUAUGACAUGAAGUACCUCUUCUACCUCCAGUCCUCAUGUGGGGACCAGUCGCCCCAGUGUCCCUGA